UUUGUCAAUAAAAUGCUUGCAAAAUUUAAACUCGCAUUUCAAAAGAAUUUAAACUAAAAGUAAACGUCUUGUGCCCAAUUUCCAUUGCAAAAUGAUUUUUGAUGACGACUCAUAGGCACUGACAGUAAAAUCAAACUUAACACAAUUACUCUAGCCUGAUAUUUAUAACAGUCCUUGGAAGUUGGGUAAUUCGCGAUCAGAACGUAACAAGAGAUGGAAAACGGCACUAUCCCGGUCCACAAACUAACAAGUAACCCUACCGCGGCGUGGAGGGAAAUAUCAAAGAACCAAAAAAUUAUCAAGCUCAAUGUCAAGUCUCCCUCAAAACCUGUGGAACCAAAUAAAGUACGAUUCGUUUGUAUGAGCGACACCCACUCCCUUAUAAGAAACCUGGUGUUCGACGUACCCGACGGCGAUGUGUUCAUCCACGCUGGGGAUUUUACGAAAUGUGGCCAGAAAGAGGAAGUGAUGCAGUUUAAUAAAUGGCUAGUAUCUUUGCCCCACAAACACAAGAUUGUAAUCAGCGGCAAUCACGAAUUGAGUUUCGAUAAAAAAUUCUCUGAUUAUUUCAAAAAAACGGCGAGUGCAAGACACACCGGAUCACUCGAAGAUGAAGUCCCCAAUUAUGGCAAUACGAAAGAUAACAUCAGUGAUGCAGUCAAUACUGAUAACAUCAGGCAGUAUUUAACAAAUUGCACGUAUUUGGAAGAUUCGGGGAUUGAUAUUUAUGGCAUAAAACUGUACGGAACUCCUUGGCAACCUGAAUUCGGUGGCUGGGCUUUUAAUUUAGAGAGGGGUGAAGAGUGUCUUUCCAAGUGGAAUUUGAUUCCAAACGAUACGGACGUUUUAAUAACUCAUACGCCGCCUCUGGGGUUUGGCGAUUUGGUCUGUUCGGGGGUUAGAGCUGGAUGCGUAGAGUUGUUAACGACGGUCCAACAAAGGGUCAAACCCAAAUAUCACGUUUUCGGACACAUACAUGAAGGUUAUGGAGUGUUCUCGGACGGAAAAAUCAUCUAUAUCAACGCUUCAACAUGUGAUAUUAACUAUAUUCCAAAAAACCUACCUAUAGUUUUUGAUGUUCCUUUACCAGAAGGCCAGUCGAAACACUAGGUUAGUAUCAAUCGAAAACGCUUUUAUAAUCUAUUUAUUGUGUAUAUUUAAGUUCUUUUAUACAAAAUAAUUUGCAAAAAAAUGUAUAGAGAAAG